AUGGUGCAUGUACGACUGAACGAACGUGAGACGAAUCCCAAUGCACACGUCAAUUUCAUCACCGCACUCACAACGGUGGACCCGGCUGCCCAAGAGGACGCGAGACAACUGCUGCGCGCCCUGGCCGCCCAAGUCAGACCUGUCAUGAAGGCGCAUGGCUUCGUCGUGAACAGUCUAGAAGAGUAUGAACACAACAAAGUCUUUGCAGGUAGGAAUUGGAACAACGGCGAAGUGAUCGAAUUGGUACUCCGUGGUGCCAGCGGUACAUUUUUACCAGUUUCCUGGUUGAUGAUGACGCGCCGCGAUGAUGGACUGCGAAAGCUAGCGCAUAUUCAGCACAUGAAUCAUGGACCUGCAUUCCAAACACUAUGGACUAAAUUACGCCGUGAGGUAAGAGAAUUGCAGGAUAAAGGAUAUUAUGGAGAUGGUUGGUUCGCAAACACCCUGUGUGAGUACACCAUCAUGAUGCUUGUCGCAGGGUAUUGGUCGGCUGGGGCACGACUAGCGGAUUCUGCCAGGAUGGGUGGUCGAACGUUUGAUCCAGGGGACUUGCCAGAAUAUAUGCCAAUUUACCUGAAGUGCGGUGGUGCCCAAUCCCGAACGCGUCCCACUUCGCUUCGACGACGACGAAAUCACUCACAAGCCGGCCCUUCGAGCCAUACCGGGGCGCAGACCACGAAGAAACGUAAAGCGGGGUCGCGCGUGACAGCUCAGGGAACAUUCAAGGGGCCAGGUAAGGCGCUCAACGGUGACAUCAGUGAUCAAGAACAAAGGAAAGCCGGAGCAGGAUUUAGAAAAAAGGCCGGAAGUAAGCGAGCACGGGAAGAAAGGGCGGUGGCGGCAGAACGUCGCCUGAAAGCAUUGCAAAGCCAAGCGAACACAUCGACACCGGCGACCCAUAAUCAACCACAAGACGAUUCGGAAAACGAGUCUGACGUAGAAAUAUUGCACGAAACCGACAAUGACCGGCGGCGUGCGAUGCUAGAUGCUAUGGAGCAAGCAGACAUAGACAGCCUCAAGAUCUCCGGGACGGAAUUUUCUUCCGAAUUUGUCUUCCCAUCGACUAGCGCACCAUUGCAGCCGCAUGACCCAGAGGAGCAGAACUACCCAAUCUGUGACGUACAGGUUCUUCCGAGAGCAAGCGGCGUCGGUGCCGCCGGUCUUUCAACCUUGCCUAAUAGUAACAAUAAUCUGGGAGACGUGUCAGAGCUCGCAGGAUCUUCGGGGAACGGAUUUGGGAAGACAAAGAACAUGCCGUACGGAACACUGGUGGAGGAUGAAAUUCAAUUCAGGAAGAAGGAAUCUUUAGUGCAGGAGCGACAUUCCGCCGGGACCGGCCAGGGCCUGUAG